AUAUGGCAAAGGAGCCAGUGGAAGACACGGACCCCAGCACUUUAUCCUUUAACACGUCAGACAAAUAUCCCAUUCAAGACACGGGACUCCCUAAAGCUGGGGAACAUGAUGCCAUCACUCCGAACCGCCCAACAGACUGUGAGGUGCGACAUCAGGGAGAAGAAAAUGGCUUUCCAGACAGUACUGGAGAUCCCCUUUCAGAUACAAGCAAGGGCGAGUCCUGCAGGGAGAACUGUACUUGUCCCUCCUGCUUGCUCCGGGCCCCGACCAUAAGUGACUUGCUCAACGAUCAGGACUUGCUCGACAUCAUCAGGAUAAAGCUGGAUCCAUGUCACCCGACAGUAAAGAACUGGAGGAAUUUUGCCAGCAAAUGGGGCAUGCCCUACGAUGAGCUGUGUUUCCUGGAGCAGAGGCCUCAGAGCCCCACCCUGGAGUUCCUGCUGCGGAACAGCCAGCGGCCGGUGGGUCAGCUGAUGGAGCUGUGCCGGUUCUACCACAGGGCCGACGUGGAGAAGGUCCUGCACAGGUGGGUGAAUGAGGAGUGGCCCAAGAGGGGGCGUGGACACCAGCCCAGGAACUUGUAGACCUCCGUGCCUUCGUACUGGCCUCUUGGGACCUCCAAACAACCACAGGUUAAGGAGCAAUGGGGAUCUGUUAUUUUUUAAGAGUUUGGGAUAAGGACAUGGAACCGUGGAUAUCGGUUUUCCCCAAAGCUGGUGGGUUUUUUUUUGGAGGGGUAAGAUGUGUUUUGGUGGCGGAUUUUUGCUUGUUUAGUUUUGCACAUUGGUUUUAAUUUAAUAUUUGAAUCUGGACUCGGGAAAGAUACUUUGUAGACUCCUCUAGGGACCGUCGCCAAAGAUGGCAAUCAGAAUGGAUUCAUGCCAUGAUGAAGAUAAGCUUAUCCUUUCCCUUCAAUGCUGUGGGAGAUUGACAUGAGAACUAAGAUUGUUGGUGGUCCCAGUCGAUCAUCAUCCACGGGAUCCUUCAUGAUGAACCGCGCUCCCGCACCUGACGAGAACGGCACAGAGAAGUCACCUCGUUUGUUCCUUUUUCGGGCAUGAAGCACUUCGGUGAAAUAGCAGGAUAUGGGUAUCCUGGGGCCGUACCUUCAGAACGUACGUGCCAGCUUUUUUAUUCCAGUACUUUGGUACCCUAUGCACUAUCAAAAAUGUCAUUUGCUCAAGGAUUUUUGGCAAGAAAUGCAAAAUCGGUGGUGGGAGGAUGGAGUCCGGAAUCAGGAGGGGAAUGAGGACCUUGGGCAAGCUGUUUGACAAAGAGAGUCACAAAAUGCCCUUUGUUACCCAAGACUUUUAAAAAAUUAACUGAGUAUUUACUUUUACACCUUUUAUAUGAGGCUGUUUCACCCCGAGAUCAAGUUCAGUGAAGAAAUAAAUAAAAAUCACCUGGCCCCUGGUUGACAUGCAACCACUUCAGCCCCUGCUAUCCCCGCUGGAAACAGGCCACUAACGAACUACACAGCGGUUUAGCCAAGAACAGGGACUCGGUAUUAAAAUCCAAAAUCCAGAGGAUUUUAAACCAAAUGAAACAUUGGGGUCCAAACAAUAUCUGACGUUCUUAUUUGAUGGUUUAAGGGGAGGUAAAGUGUGGAGGAUGGAAGGGUUCGUUACUGGAGAGAUCUGAUUUCCUCGAUGUUUUACAGGGUAAUGGAUACGAGACAAAGCCUUGCCUUGCUUGACAAUUUCAUAAAAGUGCCAUUUGGUUUUGGCCUUGGGUUCAGACAAUCAAGGUACUUCUUUCGGUUUGGUGGGAUUCGGUAUACGUCCCUGAUUUAGAAAAGCAGAAAUGACGAACAACACUGAUUAGAGUACAAAAAAGCUUAGGAUUAACUCAGAAGAAAAUUAUUUUCUCAGCCAUGAGCAUAGUUUUGCAUGAACCAUUCUAGCGGUUUUUAUCAGGUGGCUAAUACAUACAGUCAGCUUUGCUAUCAAAUGUGAACUCCAACCUAGAAAAAUCUAUGGAGAUUUACUCCUCACUUCUGACUCGGGGCUCCUCGCACCCAGCUCAUCUUCCCUUGUCUGAUUUAUCAGAGAAAUGUCAGGUUUAUCACAAGAUGUAUUUAAAGGAGCAGCCCUUAAUAAAAUGUGGAGAUUUUUAAAAA